ACACAGACCUGGCACUGAACAGGCAGUGAAGAGGAACACGGUCACGGGCGAAUUCCCUCCAGCCACAACUUCAGGCGCCUGUCAAGUCUGCCUGCUAGCCUGCAGUUCCUUCUUUACCGGGUUGUUCGCCCAGGUUCUAACACAGGACACGGACACCCAACUGUCUACAAGAGUUUUCUGGAAGAAAGGAGAAGAUUGGAGGAGUACUUUUGGUGUAGAGUUCAUCAGUGAGGACACCUGUGCUCAAGGUCUUCAUGAGGUUCUCUUUUAGAUGGACCAAGCCCUCAAUCACAGGCUCCUGGUCACUAAUAUUUAUUCUCUUUACCGUACAAUAUGAAUAUGGGAGUGGCAAGAAAUAUGGCAGCCCUUGUGGAGGAAGAAACUGUUCUGUCUGCCAGUGUUUUCCUGAAAAGGGAUCUCGGGGUCAACCAGGACCACUGGGGCCACAGGGACCAAUAGGGCCCUUGGGACCCCCGGGACCCAUUGGGAUUCCAGGAGAGAAGGGUCUGAGAGGUGACAGUGGCCUGCCUGGAGCAGCAGGAGAGAAAGGAGACAAGGGUCCAACUGGUGUCCCUGGAUUUCCAGGUUUGGAUGGCGUACCUGGUCACCCGGGGCCUCUCGGACCCAGAGGCAAACCUGGUGUGGAUGGCUUCAGUGGUUCAAGAGGUGAUCCAGGAUUUCCAGGAGAAAGAGGAGCUCCUGGCCCAGGAGGCCCCCCUGGUCACCCCGGGGAAAAUGGAGAAAAAGGAAGGUCGGUGCUCAUUUCAGGGGGUGUUAAAGGUAUUCAGGGAGACCGCGGGGAACCAGGACUGCCCGGCUUACCAGGAUCUAGGGGUGCACAAGGAUCAACAGGGCCCAUGGGGUAUGCUGGUGUACCAGGGACAGCAGGACCUACAGGUCAUCCUGGGAGCCCUGGGUUGAAGGGGAACCCUGCUGUGGGAAUAAAAGGGCAAAGGGGAGAGCCGGGUGAAGUUGGUCGACAUGGUCCUCCUGGACCCACCCUGUUUAUACAACCACCUAAUUUGAGUCUCUAUAAAGGAGAAAAGGGUAUAAAAGGAAUUCCUGGAAUGAUUGGACCUCCAGGACCUCCAGGACGCAAGGGAGAACCUGGGAUCGGGACAAAAGGAGAGAAAGGUAUUCCCGGGUUUCCAGGACCUCGGGGUGAGCCUGGUUCCCAUGGAUCUCCAGGUUUUCCAGGAUUCAAGGGGGAACAAGGAGUAGCUGGAGAUCCUGGCAUGUUCGGAUUUCUUGGUCCAAAGGGGGAUCCUGGAGAUCGCGGGUACCCAGGACCACCAGGAGUCUUGCUAACUCCCUCUCCUCCAUUCAAAGGUCCUCCAGGGGACCCAGGGCCUCCUGGCCGCUAUGGAGAAAUUGGAGACGUUGGGCUACCAGGUCCUCCCGGGCCCCCAGGCAGACCAGGGGAAACUUGUCCAGGCAUGGUGGGGCCUCCUGGACCACCAGGGAUUCCUGGUCCUCCAGGAUUUCCAGGGGAACCUGGUAUUCCUAGAAGACUUGACUGUGCCCCAGGAAAACCAGGGAAGCCAGGACCACCUGGCCUGCCUGGAGCACCAGGACCACAGGGCCCCCCUGGAUCAGAUGUUAUCCACUGUAGCCCUGGGUGCCCUGGACCAAUGGGAGAAAAGGGAAAGAUGGGUCCCCCAGGAAGAAGCGGAGCCAAAGGAGAAAAAGGAAAUGAGGGACUCUGUAUCUGUCCACCUGGGCCCAUGGGACCCCCUGGCCCUCCAGGACUUCCUGGAAGACAAGGAAGGAAAGGAGACUUAGGGCUUCCUGGCUGGCAUGGAGAAAAGGGUGAUCCAGGCCAGCCUGGUGCUGAAGGACCUCCAGGGCCACCAGGAAAACCUGGUGCCUUGGGGCCCCCUGGCCACAAAGGGGCAAAGGGUGACAUGGUCACAUCAAGAGUGAAAGGGCAAAAAGGAGAAAAAGGACAUGAUGGGUCACCAGGAUUUCCAGGAUCAGGUGGACAAGAUGGUCAGGAUGGACGUGCUGGAGAAAGAGGGGAUCCUGGCCUCCGAGGCGACCAUGAGGAUGCAACCCCGGGUGAGAAAGGGCUUCCUGGACUGCCAGGUCCUCCGGGGAAAGCAGGACCUGUCGGGCCUCCAGGCCUGGGAUUUCCAGGCCCACCAGGAGACAGAGGCCGACCAGGAGAGCCGGGGCAUCCAGGCAUGAGGGGCUUUGAUGGCAUGAAGGGGCAGAGAGGUGACACCAUUUCUUGUAAUGUAACCUAUCCAGGGAAUCCAGGCCCUCCUGGGUUUGAUGGACCUCCAGGUCCGAAGGGGUUUCCAGGUCCCCCAGGUGCUCCUGGUAUGAGAUGUCCAGAUGGGCAGAAAGGUCGGCAGGGCAAACCAGGAAUGCCUGGAAUUCCAGGUCCACCAGGUUUUCGUGGUGACAUGGGAGAUCCAGGAAUUGGAGGUGAAAAGGGGGCAUCCCCUAUUGGACCCCCAGGUCCACCUGGGUCUCCUGGAAUAGAUGGCCAGAAAGGAAUCCCAGGAGAACCUGCAUUUGGUGACCCAGGACCCCCUGGAGAUAGGGGUCUUCCAGGAGUGCCAGGCAUGAAAGGGCACAAAGGUUACCCAGGAUGCCCAGGGGCUGAAGGGCCACCUGGCAUCCCUGGAUCUCCAGGUCUCAAAGGUCCCAAAGGCAGAGGAGGAAGUCCUGGGUUUCCAGGGAUCCCAGGACCCCCUGGCCAUUCCUGUGAAAGAGGUGCUCCAGGGAUCCCAGGACAACCAGGACUUCCUGGAACUCCUGGUAGUCCAGGGGUCCCAGGUUGGAAAGGCCAGCCAGGAGACAUGGGGCCUUCUGGACCAGCUGGGAUGAAGGGUCUCCCUGGCCUUUCAGGCCUCCCAGGAGCAGAUGGUCUCCAAGGACCUCCUGGGAUCCCAGGCCCCACUGGGGAAGGUGGCCAACCUGGCCUUCCAGGCCCAAAGGGACACCCAGGGCUGCCUGGCUACCCUGGUUUCCCAGGAGAGAGAGGAAGGUCAGGCCCGGAUGGACAGCCUGGAAGAAAGGGAGAAAUCGGAGAGAAGGGCUGGCCUGGCUUGCAGGGAGACCUGGGAGAGAAAGGCGCCAAAGGAGCCAGAGGACCUCCUGGUGAUGCAGGAGAAGCAGCCAUCAUUUCCCAAAAGGGGGAGCCUGGGGACACUGGUCCUCCAGGAGAUGAUGGGUUCCCAGGACAGAGAGGUGAUAAAGGAAGCCCAGGGAUGCAAGGGGGAAGAGGCGAUCCCGGAAGAGAUGGACCACCUGGACUGCACAGGGGACCGCCUGGGACAAAUGGGCAUCCUGGGCCUCCAGGCGCCCCUGGCCCUCCAGGCUCACCUGGACUAAAAGGAGUCAUUGGUUUUCCAGGAUUUCCAGGUGACCAGGGUGAUCCAGGUCCUCCAGGCCCCCCUGGACUCCCAGGAGAUGAUGGAGCAAGAGGACCUAAAGGAAACAAAGGUGACCCUGCCAGUCAGUGUGGUCCACCUGGUUCGAAGGGUGAGCCAGGUAGCCCUGGAUGCCAAGGACAUCCAGGAGCCCCUGGAGAUCCAGGCUUUCCUGGAGCUGAAGGACAUAGAGGAUCACCAGGCAGACCUGGACAGCCAGGCUCUUCUGGACCACCAGGGUGUCCAGGUGACCCAGGGAUGCCUGGGCAGAAGGGCCAUCCAGGAGAAAUGGGAGACCCUGGGCCAAGAGGUUUCCCAGGAGAUUUAGGAAGGCCAGGUCCUCCUGGAGUAAAAGGGUCCCCUGGGUCUCCUGGUCUGAACGGCUUGCACGGUCUCAAGGGUGAGAAAGGAGCCAAAGGUACCUCAGGUUUGCAUGAAAUGGGUCCACCUGGGCCAAUAGGAAUGCCUGGGCUAAAGGGGGAGAGAGGAGACCCUGGGAGUCCAGGAAUUUCUCCCCCAGGCCUUUCUGGAGAAAAAGGCCUCCCAGGACCCCCAGGGAGACCAGGACCACCUGGUCCCACUGGUGCCCCAGGAAGAGCUGCUAAAGGUGACAUUCCUGAUUCAGGUCCUCCUGGAGACUGGGGACCUCCCGGCCCUGAUGGCCCAAGAGGAGCACCUGGGCCUCCAGGCUCCCCUGGGAAUGUCGACUUUCUGAAAGGGGAUCCAGGUGAUUGUGGUUUACCUGGACCACCUGGCUCCAGAGGCCCACCAGGCCCUCCAGGGUGUCAGGGUGCUCCAGGAUGUGAUGGCAAAGAUGGUCAGAAAGGACCGAUGGGAUUCCCAGGGCCUCCAGGGCCACCUGGUCUUCCUGGAGCCCCUGGAGAGAAGGGAUUGCCUGGUCCUCCAGGCAGAAAAGGGCCUGUAGGCCCUCCAGGCUGCAGAGGUGAACCCGGGCCUCCUGUCGAUGUGGAUUCCUGCCCUCGAAUCCCAGGACUUCCUGGAGUGCCAGGCCCCAGAGGACCAGAAGGAGCUGUGGGGCACCCAGGACAGAGAGGACCCCCUGGACCAGGGUGCAAAGGAGAGCCUGGGCUGGAUGGCUGGAGGGGCCAGGAUGGCAUCCCUGGACCUCCUGGGCCUCCAGGACGCAAAGGUGACCCUGGAGAGGCUGGCUGCCCUGGAGCACCAGGCCCUCCUGGUCCACCUGGUGAUCCUGGGCCCAAGGGUUUUGGCCCUGGAUACCUCAGUGGCUUCCUCCUUGUUCUCCACAGUCAGACAGAUCAAGAACCUACCUGCCCUGUGGGUAUGCCCCAGCUUUGGACCGGGUACAGUCUGUUGUACAUGGAAGGACAGGAGAAGGCACACAAUCAAGAUCUUGGUUUGGCAGGCUCUUGUCUCCCUGUGUUUAGCACACUGCCCUUUGCCUACUGUAACAUCCACCAAGUGUGCCACUACGCCCAGAGAAAUGACAGGUCCUACUGGCUGUCCAGCGCCGCUCCUCUUCCUAUGAUGCCGCUCUCAGAGGAACAGAUCCGCCCUUACAUCAGCCGCUGUGCUGUGUGUGAGGCCCCAGCACAGGCAGUGGCUGUCCACAGUCAGGACCAGUCCAUCCCACCGUGUCCACGGGCAUGGAGGAGCCUCUGGAUUGGGUACUCAUUUCUGAUGCACACUGGAGCUGGGGACCAAGGAGGAGGGCAGGCACUCAUGUCACCGGGCAGCUGCCUAGAGGACUUCAGAGCUGCACCAUUCCUUGAAUGCCAGGGCCGGCAGGGAACCUGUCACUUCUUUGCAAACGAAUACAGCUUCUGGCUGACCACUGUCAGCCCAGACCUGCAGUUUUCCACUGGCCCAUCACCGGACACCUUGAAAGAUGAGCGAGCCCAGCGCCUGAAAACCAGCAGGUGCCAGGUCUGCAUGAAGUACAGCUAGAGGAUUCUGAACAUGCCGAUGGGCAUCAAGAGAGAUAUCCCAUGGGGGAAAAAGAUCCCCCAACGAUUCUGGCAAAUUCUGUGGUGCUUUCUCUCCUGUCUCCUACAGCCGCAGCCGUGCCUUGUCCCAGCAUGGUUACUCCAGGAGUCCUCCUUUUCCUCCAUACAGGUCAAGCAAAUGCUGCACACACGCAUUUGUUUGGCCCCCCAGCAAUCUAGAUGAAACCCACACAUUCUCCUCUUAUUGAGAUAAUGGAAGAAUAGGCUUUAUUUGAACAUGUGCUAAUUCCCAGAAAAGCAAGUGAAUGACAAUGGCCAGAUUAGAAAUGACCAAAACUUCAUUCAUUGGUUGGUAGAGUCUGAAACAACUGGAGUCAAUUACUCUGCAAUCCAUUGGGCUCCUGGCUAGAUUUCACAGGAACAAUAUAAAUAGACCAACAAAUGAAGCUACGAAGUAGAGAUUUGCAAUGUUUCAAAAUGAUUUCCUCUAUAAUCUAUUUUUUUUCUUAACCAUGCACUUUAAAUAAUUGUGGGACCAUGGCCCAAAGAGGUUUUUAAAAAGAGGAAGAAAAGAAAAACAGCCUCUCUCCACUGCCAGUAUUAGCGGUUCAUUUCAAAGCAGAGUGAGUCAUUUUGCCAGGAAGGCCUGCAGUCCUGUAUUCCAGGGCCUUGACAUUAGCAUAAACACUUCGCAGAUGAAUAUAAAACAUUAUGUUCUCUUCUGCAUUUUACAGAGAAUAGCAAUGCCUACUUUGGCAACCCUUUUGAAAAGUAGCAAUUAUUGAAAAAAUAUAUUCAAUAAGGGAUUAGGGGCCUAAAAGCUAUUAAUGAAUAUUAAGGUAGUGAUUCACAAAAAUUGACUCCCGGUCCCAGGAAACCUGCAAACAGACCACUUUUCCCCAGUCGGGGGCCAGCUUGUCCUCCUGCUAAUGGGACUGAAGCCACAUGGGGCUUACUCAGGCAAUCCAGUGGCUGAUACAAAGCCUCUCGCUCUCCUCCCCAGGAGAACCUGAGAGGCUCCUCCUCCCCAUGCAUAAUGGCAACUGACUCCUGAAGUGACAGGGCUAUCAUUAUGCACUUGGGAGAAAAUUAAGGGCUGACUUAAUUAAACUUAGGUAAGAAGAUUCAUUUAUGCCAGGGUCACCCCACCAAGAAGGCGUGGGGCUCACUUGAACAGAAACAAAGACGAUAUCCAAUCUGAAUUUUGUGUUUCUGAUUUUUUUUUUCAAAUGGGAGCAUCUGUCUCGCCAAUUUUCAAACAUUCUUUAUAUUAAAUUAGCAUCAUGGCAAGUCGGCUGCUUGACACUGGGUCUUAGCAGCUCCUGCACACUGUUAGCUAGGAUCCAUGACAAUUUGAAGUGAUUUUUCUGCAUACCAAAAGGUCUGCUGGCUACUAAGCCAGGGAUCCCUACAAAUCACAAUUUAAAAGCUUUGCUAGAAUAGAUUUUUUUUUAAUUCACCUUCCUCAGCUAAAGUGAAAUUGUCAUUUUAAUAGAGAGAAAAGAUUUUCCCCCGAGAGUGGCACUCAUGUCAGAGCUCACUUUCCAAUGCACUUAAGAAUAAUUGAAAGAAAAACUCAAUUAAAAUUUUGUUUCUGGGGCUGGAGA